GGUAUACAAAAUAGUCGAUGGUGUAGAUGGAGUGCGUUGGCGGUCGCGUCCUUUGACACGCCGUACGAAUAGCGCACACCGCAGGAUAAACAUCGUCGCGGUCUGGUGCGAGGUCGUCUACAAGUAUCUAACUAAUAGUUAAAACAGAAGGUGGUCAGUCGUGAUUGCGUUGCAAGUGUGUAGAGAAACGCCGCAUUAAAGUCGGGGCAGCGUGCGAACGAGAAGGAUCUGCCGUUCGGCAAGCAGCUAUCGGACGCGAACACAAUGCCAAGUGUCAGCUACAGAGACAGCUCGGAAUUUCGACUCCUCGGAUUUGUAAAGAACUACCGAGGAUAUUGUGCAGACGACCGUAUUUAGCGACAGUGUUCGUCUGGCAGGACGCCUUUACCGCCGAUUCGCAUUUGUCGUACAUCAAACACUCAUACGGACUUGUCUUGUGUGUACGCACUGUGCUAGCUACCGUGCUUCGAUCCCGCGCGUUCUUGCUUACGUCUCGCGCGGUUCGCACCUCAGGACGUUUGUGUAUUGUUUACUCAACGCACUCUAUUCGGCAGCCCAGCAAUAGUACUUGCGCGUGUAGUGGAGUUUAUCGAGUAAACAUAAACAUUUUUUGACGAGGUGUCGCCGCAGCUGCAGUGCAGGCUAGUUCCUCCAUCAUUCUUCCUACGUUCUUGCGGUCGGAAGUCAGACUUUUCUAGCAACGCAGGCUCAUCACUCUUUUCCCUUAUGCUCAUCCUCAGAGUUUGGAAAGUAUUUUAAAACAACAUAAACUUAAUUUAAUUAACUGGUUGGAUAUAAUAAAUAAACCUAGAAAAUGUCAGAAAUUGUGUAUCCACAAGGGUGUAGACCCGUUACAGAUGAUCUUGGGCCAGAUGAGUUAAUAAGACGACUCAAGACCUUAGCCCAUACUUUGCAAGCUAUGGGUCAAGAUGAAGGAAUGUAUCAACAAUAUAUUCCAUUAGCAUUACAUUUGGCAGAAGACUGCUUCUUACAGCAUCAAAGCAAAGAUGUUCAAUUACUUAUUGCAUGCUGUAUUGCUGAUGUUCUUCGUGUGUAUGCUCCAGAAGCUCCAUAUAAGGAUCCAGAUCAAGUCAAAACAAUAUUCUUAUUUUUAAUAAAGCAGUUGGCUGGUCUCAAAGAUCCAAAAGAUCCAGCUUUUAAGAGAUAUUUUUAUCUUCUUGAAAAUUUGGCUUAUGUUAAGUCUUUUAAUAUGUGUUUUGAGCUUGAAGACUGUCAAGAAAUAUUUUGUGCUCUGUUCUCGUUGAUGUUUAAAAUUGUCAAUGACGAACACUCUGGAAAGGUUAAAAGUUUUAUGCUUGAUGUAUUAUGUCCACUUAUAACUGAAUCUGACGUUGUCAGUAAUGAACUGCUAGAUAUUAUUCUUAUAAAUAUUGUUGAACCCAACAAGACUCAGAAAAAAAAUGCUUACGCACUAGCUAAAGAACUUGUAAUAAAAUGCAGUGAUACUCUAGAAACAUAUAUUCAAGGAUUUUUCAAUCAUGUGCUAAUUUUGGGCAAAGUGGAAAAAAAUCUUCAAAUUUCCAGCAAAGUAUACGAUUUAAUUUACGAGCUUAAUCAUAUAUGCCCUAGUGUAUUGCUAUCCGUCCUGCCUCAACUUGAAUGUAAACUGAAGUCUUCAAAUGAACAAGAACGUCUUGGUGCAGUAGCUUUACUUGCUCGAAUGUUUUCCGAGAAAGGCUCGCAACUGGCAGUGCAGCAUCCGCAACUUUGGCGAGCUUUUCUCGGGCGUUUCAAUGAUAUAAGUGUAGCUAUACGUACCAAGUGUGUGCAGUACUCGAUGCAUUUUCUUCUUAAUCAUCCAGAACUUAGAAAAGAUAUUACCGAUACCCUGAAAAUGCGUCAGCACGAUGCUGAUGAGAAUGUACGAUACGAGGUUGUCAUGGCAAUUGUAACAACGGCUCGUAAAGAUUUUGAAGUAGUGUCCGACAGUGAAGAUUUACUGGAGUUUGUGAAAGAAAGAACUUUGGACAAGAGAUUCAAGAUUAGAAAAGAAGCAAUGACCGGCUUAGCCAUGAUCUACAAAAAGCACUUGAACGAUGCGGAUGUACCACAAGCUACAAAGAAAGCUGUGACAUGGAUUAAAGACAAAAUUUUGCAUGGUUAUUAUAUGGCGGGAAUGGAAGAUCGAUUGCUAGUAGAAAGACUGUUAAACACAUGUUUAGUGCCUUAUCAAUCACCAGCAGAAGACAGAAUGAAGAAACUUUAUCAUUUAUUGGGUACUAUAGAUGAUUAUGCCUCAAAAGCUUUUGUUGAACUACAAAAACAUCAACUCGCAGUAAGAAGAUCAGUAUCUGAAUGGAUCGAGAUAAUUAAGAGAACGGAAACUGGAGUUAGUCCUGAACAGUCUCAAAAGAUUUUACAAAUAUCUCGUUUCCUUCCUGACCCCACAAAAGUGCAAGAAUUUUUACAAAAAUUUAGUGGACAUUUGAAAAAAGAUGCAGCUCUUCUGCAAGGCAUGGAGACUAUUUUACAGUCAACAGUUUCGUGUAAAGAUUGUGCAGAAGCUAUCAGCGCAGUUUUGAAAAAAUUAGGCCCACCUGUAAUGACGAAUUUGUAUUACAAUACUAUAAAAAUGCUGCUGGAAAGAGUUAGUUCCGUGAUGAUCGAUGAAGAAGCUAUUAGGGUUUUGAUAAAGUAUGUAUUAGAUUGUCUUCAAAGUGGGAAUGUUAUUGAAGAAGUUGGAUUAAAUCCUAACAAUGCUGGGGAAAAAGGCCUCAGAUUAUUACUGAUGCUUUCUUUCGUGUUUGCACCGCAUUUUUUACACGAAGAUAUUCUCCAGCAGCUUUUACAAAUUUUGGAAUUGGAUGAUGAAAUGGUUGCUCCUCUUGUUCUUUCAAUUUUCACAUUUUUAGGAAAGUACAAGCCUUUAUGUGAGGUAUCACCAGACAUAGUGUCGCAGUUAACGCCAAAGUGUAAGGAAUUUGCAGAAUCCGGAACGCCAAAACAAGCAAAACAAGCUAUUAGAUGUUUGUACGUCAAUAUGGUUGACAAUCAUGACACCAUUUUCCCGGAAAUUAUAGAUAAAAUAAAAAAUGCUCUUUCUCCAACAUCGGAACAUUACCGCACUGCUAUUGUUGCUCUUGGACACAUAGCAUACAAUCUGCCGGAAAAGUACCAUCUGCAAAUAAAGAAUAUGGUUUCUCGGAAGAUUGUUAAAGAAUUACUUGUUAAAGAGAGCAGUGAACAGCAACAAAGCGGUGAUGCAGAGUGGUGCAGAGAAGAUGAACUUCCUGAAGAAACUCGAUGCAGGCUUGAAGGGCUCAAAUGCAUGGCUCGAUGGCUUUUAGGAUUGAAAAAUGAUGUUUUAUCAGCUCAGAAAACUUUUAGAAUGUUGAAUGCAUUUAUAGUUAACAAAGGGGACUUGCUUCAGCAAAACCGUUUAAGCAAAGCAGAAAUGAGCUGGUUACGACUUCAAGCUGGAUGCUCCAUGUUGAAAAUCUGCGAACAGAAAGGAGUCGGCGAUCAGUAUACAGCAGAACAAUUUUACAAUUUAUCUCAGCUGAUGGUGGAUGAGGUUUAUCAAGUUAGAGAAGCAUUCAGUACUAAACUGCAUAAAGGACUUGGCAGAGGAAUACCAAAUAAAUGUUUACCUUUAGAUUUUAUGGGCUAUUAUGCUCUCGGAGGAAAGGAGCAGAACAAAAAAUUGAAACAAACAUUAAAGAAUUUCAUGCAAACAGAUAUCAACAAAAGAAGGGAUUACGUAAAAACACUGUCAUUAGGAACAGUAGAGAGAGCUAUGGGCAAACUUCCCCAUAUCUUACCGGAUUAUAUGUUAGUUUUUGCGGUUCCCAUACUUGCUCAUGAUCCCGACUUUGUUACUUGCACGUCGGUUAGUCACUUGAAAGUUGUACAGCAGUGCUUAUGGUUUAUCUUAGAACAUCUAAUUAUGAAAAAUGAAUACUACUGCUUUGGUUUCUAUAAAAAUCUCAUUGAAAAAAUGAAAAAUUAUAAAGAUGCAUUAAGGCCUGAUGAUGAAGAUAUGAAUUACAAACUGUGGGCGGUUUGCGAUAUGGCGAUGAACGUCAUUUAUGUGAAAACGACAAACUUCGAUAUGAAGGAAUUUCCGAGCGAGACUCGAAUACCUACUAUGUAUUUCAAGAAAGCUGACGAAAUCAUAUCUAACACUAAAAAUUACUUACCUGAGGAAUUUCAAAUUAAUAUGAAUAAUCCAAAGGGAAAAGGGACGAGUAUAAAUUCAGUAUCAAAUGAAAGAACUACCCGAAAGACGAAAGCCAAACAAAAGGAAACUGGCGUUGGACCAAACGAAACUGAUGCAAGGCUGCAUGUUGGCGCAAAGGAAUGUAUUGAUGCUCAGCCAUCAGAGGCAUCAGAAACAAGGAUUCAUUUACCUGGACUCGUAGACGAAAUUGAUGAACCGCCGGAAAAGAAACCACACAAAGAUACUGAGAAGAUGGGUAAAUAUGCAUGUAAAUGAGCUGUUCAAACAAACAAAAAUAAAUAAAAAAUAAACAGAAUUCAAGCUGCUGAAAAAAAUUGAAGAUUAAAGAUGUGAUAACGUCAUUAUACGAUACAAACUUUGUGUGAAUAUCUCACGAAUUAGAAACAGAUUAUUUUGGUUAUAUAAUACAAUUUAUAAAAUAUUCGAGUCGUUCAUGUACGAAAGAAAUCUUAACUUUUAAGGCGAAGAUGAAGCGUAAGCUUGAACCAAGUUGAAAGUUCAGAAGCAGUAUAUGCAGAUCGUCAAAACUUUGCUGAAAGUCUGAACUUUAAAUGAGAUCGAAUGACGCUUCACAAUAUCUGUAUAAAAAAUAUUUUACAUUAAAUUAUCUUUCAUAUAAUCUUGGUGGCAGUUUAGCAUUGCAUUGUGUAAAAAAAUGUUAGUGAGACUCAUCACAUCUUGGUUUGAAAUCGCUAUACAUUUUAUUUAAAAACAACUGAUAACGAGGAACAGUGUGUGUACAUUAUUCCGAACUUGGACAAGCGUGAAAUAAGCGAUAAUUUUGUUUUUAUUUACAAUUGUUUAUUGCUAUACAGUAAAGUUGAUUUUAUUUACAGUGUGAUGGGCAUUGAUAGCCUAAUUUACAAAACAAAAUAAAGUAUCAUCAUUCUGACAAACUUUCUAUUAUAUACUUCUAAAAAUAAUUUAAUUUGUUAAUUUAAUUAAUUAAAACUUACUUUGUAUA